CAUCGGGGGCGCGUCGCGGCUGGGAGCGGAGCGGAGCGGCCGGAGGCAGCGGGCGGGCCAUGCCGGCGCAGGCCCCAGUGACGUUCGAGGACGUGGCGGUCUAUUUCUCCCCGGCGGAGUGGGCGGCGUUAGCGGAAUGGCAGAGGGAGCUGUACCGGGACGUGAUGAUGGAGAAUUACGAGCUGGUGGCAUCUUUGGGCUCCGUGGGCCCCAAGCCCAAGGCAUCGGCUAGAAAAGCAAAGCGAGAGAAGGCGCCGUAUGUCUGGGACCAUCAGUACUCGAGAGCGAAAGUCCUGAUGCUUCCAGCACAGGGGAACGACACCCCAAACGAGGAGCCGGUGACCUUCGAGGAGGUGGCGGUCUAUCUCACCACCGAGGAGUGGAAGGAGCUGAAGGACUGGCAGCGGGAGCUGUAUCAGGACGUGAUGAAGGAGAAUUACGACCUGGUCACCUCUGUGGGAGACACCGUGGAGAAACCGGAGAUUGUCUCUAGGCUGGAGCGCGGGGAAGAGCCGUACGACCCCGGAGAGACACGUGUUCCUGGUCCCCACGGCGUGGGUGGUGGGACCCGGGGGGCUGAUGAGGAGGGGACGCGUCACAAGGAAGAGCCGGCAGGACUGGACCCAAGCGAGAUGCUAACGGGGAGAGACGCAGCGAGAGUUUCCCUGGGCUCGGCCAGGACCGGAGCCAGCGCCAGUCGGAGUCAGCGCAAAGGGCGCCCGGGCCAGGGGAGGCCUGUGGGGAACGGACACGAUGAACCCCUGUGGGGCGAGAGGCGGGUCAGGGACUCCCCAGCCAGCGCUGAGCUGCAGAGCAACGGGGCCCCAGAGAGACCCUGCCCAGCGCCUGAGAACCAGGGGGGCAGCGUGGGGACGGGAGCCGUGCCUGUAACCCCCAUUGCAGAGGGGCCGUGUGGGGGGAGCAUUGGGCAGGGCGGGAAGCCAACAGAGGAGCACGCUGCCCCUGGGGGCGGGGGGCCCUACAAGUGUGGGGAGUGUGGGCAGGGCUUUGGCAGCCAGGCCUCCCUGGCCAAGCACCGGCGGCAGCACGCCGGGGUGGGCGCCUUUCCCUGCAGCCAGUGUGGCAAAGCCUUCAGCAACAAGGGCAACCUCCUGCGGCACCUGAAGCUACACAGCGGGGAGAAGCCGCACGGCUGCGCGGAGUGCGGGCGGCGCUUCCGCACCAAGCAGACCUUCCUGUCGCACCAGCGCGUGCACACUGGGGAGAAGCCCUUCGCCUGCCGCCAGUGCGGGCGGAGCUUCACGCGCAAGGAGAACCUCGUGCGCCACCAGGAGACCCACGUGCACAAAGAGCCCCACACUUGUCCCGAGUGCGGCAAGAGUUUCCUGCACGAGGGCUCGCUGCUCCUGCACCGCCGCGCCCACUCCGGGGCCCGGCCCUUCCCCUGCGCCCACUGCGGCAAGAGCUUCAACUGGAAGACGAACCUGACCACCCACCUGCGCAGCCACGCUGGGCAGCAGCCCUCCGCCUGCCACCAGUGCGGCCAGCGGUUCGGCGACCGCGGAGACCUGCUGCGGCACCAGAGGGCCCACGCGGGCGGCGGGCUGCCGACAGGCUACGGCAACGGGGAGACCUUCAGCGAGUUCCUCCAGAUCCACGAGAUGCUGAUCUCCCGCACGCACGCCCGCAAGCCCCUGGGUGCCCUCACCAAGUACAAGUGA